CAAGUCCAACCUAAGCAGCUUCAUUCUCUUGAGAUCCUUUAUAAUGUAUUCCUGAGAUAUUAUCAUCAUUUCGCCCAGUUGUGUUGUAAUUAGCACAUUAUUUGUAUCUGUAGUGCAACUACGUUUUGUAAUAAGUUUUUGUACCUUUGCUUCAACUAAAUCAUGGAGUAGAAGACGAUGGAGCCUGGUGGGAGGGAUUUGUGUUACAGGUAUGUGGAAUAACUUGAAUAUAUUGAGUUUAAACGUUGAUCUUUUGCGCCGUAGCCUAUUUAGCUUUGAAAACUACAGCUCCCAGAAUUCUGUUCGGCGACGCGUCAUUGAAUUCUGUCCAAUCGCUGACUUCGGAGGUCAAAAAUACGGAAAAACAGAAAAAAUCUGCCAUCGCCUUCACAGGUAGAUCAUUUCAAGAGUUUUUUACGUGACUAACGUGGCAAAUAGCGGAGAGAGUUCCCGUCCCGGCUGUGGACGCUGUGGCCUGCACGAGCCGAAGGUCUCGUCGAUGGAGCUCACCCCUAAAGCAGCUAAAGUCAAAUCAGUGUGUUCUUCACCGGGUGACUCCGCGGAGUCGAGUCCCUGUGGAAGCAACGAGGAGAAGCCUCACCAAAAGCUGAGCUCCUCGCUGAGGGAGAGGCUGAAGAGAUCGCGGCGCUCCUUCACCUCGCCCUUCUCCGUGGCCAAGCGGCUUUGUGUCGAUGACUCCUCAGAGGACGGCGGCCGACAAGUUCCUGCAGAUUCCCGGGAGACCGCUAAUAGUCCUCCGCCCAUCGUGCACAGCGUUGGUGUACACAGAAAUGUUGUGAGAUCAGGGAGUGAAAGGCUUUCUGGACCCGUUCCCGAACCAACACAUCUUCCCUCCAAAGACUUCGCACAACAACGAGACCAACUCAGGAAGGAGAUUAAAGACAAGACGGAGACGCUGCGCAGACUCAAGAUGGUUAAAAUGUACAGAAGCAAGAAUGAUUUAACACAGCUUCAAACCUUGGUUGACAAGUGGCGGAGUUGUGCUCAGGCUGCGCUGUGUGAGCUCCAGUCAGACGUCCAGAUAGAGGGACAGAAGGCCAGCCUGCCUGAGCUCAUCGACCUCUUUGGUCUGGAUGAUGGCAUUCUGCACUUUGACCGCACAGGGGAGGACUUCAUUCCCUAAUAAUAUUCUCUCAAGCAAACACAAAAGUUGUAUCCGAUGUGUACAAAAAGACUUAGGCGGAACAAUCACCUUUCAAAUAUCCAGAGCUAGUUAAUUUUAUUUGUUGCUGCUAUUUUUUUUCAUUCACAGUUUGAGUUGUAAAUGUCAUUGUAAAUCUCACUUUACUUGUGGAGAGAAGUGUAAAUAAAACCCCGUUAUGUGUUGGAAGAGA